ACUUUUCGAACUCGUGAUGGCUGCGACAAAGAUGUCGCUAUUUUCCAGGGACUUUUCCGUUAUUUUAUUGCCUAGGGUAAAUGACGAACGAUACAUUAGAGUGUGCGCAGGGGUUUCAUUCGUUCGGCGACAAUGGCGGCAGACCUUGACCAGUUUCAACAGCUCUUAAAAACACUUCUCAGCACGGAUAACGAUGUCCGCAUCCAAGCGGAGGAAGCAUAUAAUAACCUCUCAGUGGAAAGCAAGGUGACCUUUUUGCUCGGGUCAAUAUGCAAUGCUACACUUGCAGAGGAAAUGCGUGCAAUGGCUGCAGUCCUCUUAAGACGUUUAUUCUCCUCAGAAUUUAUGGAUUUUUAUCCUAAGAUACCACCAGAGGCUCAGAUUCAGCUAAAAGAGCAGAUUCUGCUAUCAGUGCAGACCGAACAGACAGACUCCAUUCGUCGCAAGGUGUGCGAGGUCGCCGCCGAAGUCGCUCGCAACCUCAUAGAUGAGGAUGGCAACAAUCAGUGGCCGGAAUUUCUGCAAUUUCUAUUUCAGUGUGCAAACGGUCCUUUGCCAGCUCUUAAAGAGAGUGCCCUCCGUAUGUUUACUUCCGUCCCAGGCGUUUUUGGAAACCAACAAGCCAACUAUCUGGACCUCAUCAAACAGAUGCUCCAGCAAUCAGUGUUGGACAAUGCCAAUUACGAAGUCAGACUUCAAGCAGUACGUGCAAUCGGAGCAUUCAUAAUGCUCCACGACAAAGAAACCAAUAUACAAAAGCAUUUUUCGGAAUUGCUACCAGCGGUAGUGCAAGUCACUGCUCAAUCCGUAGAGAAACAAGAGGACGAGGCACUCUUAAAAGUUCUGAUAGAUUUGGCUGAAUCGACGCCGAAAUUCUUACGUCCACAAUUAGAGAAUAUCAUGGAAAUGUGUAUGAAGAUAUUCUCGAAUGAAGAGAUGGGCGAUUCUUGGCGUCAAUUGGCAUUGGAGGUGUUGGUAACGCUGGCGGAAACCGCACCUGCAAUGGUACGCAAAGUGGGCGGAAAGUAUAUAGUGUCUCUGGUGCCAUUGGUCCUAAAGAUGAUGACAGAUCUUGAAGAAGACGAGGAAUGGAGUGUAUCAGAUGAAUUAAUUGAAGAGGAUAACGAUAGCAACAACGUUGUCGCUGAAAGUGCACUGGAUCGACUUGCAUGCGGCCUAGGUGGGAAAACUAUGUUACCACAAAUCGUACAGAACAUACCUACUAUGUUAAGCAACAGUGACUGGAAAUAUAGAUAUGCUGCGCUUAUGGCUAUAUCUGCAGUUGGCGAAGGUUGUCAUAAACAGAUGGAGGCUAUUCUUCCACAAAUAAUGGAAGGUGUUAUACAAUACUUGCAAGAUCCACAUCCACGGGUACGUUACGCAGCUUGUAACGCAGUUGGUCAAAUGUCCAGCGACUUUGCACCAAUUUUUGAAAAAAAGUUUCAUGACAAGGUCAUUCCCGGGCUUCUUAUGGUUUUGGAUGACAACGCUAAUCCAAGAGUCCAAGCUCAUGCGGGUGCUGCACUAGUGAACUUCAGCGAGGAUUGUCCCAAGAAUAUUCUCACGCCAUAUCUUGACGGCAUUAUGGCUAAACUUGAAUCCAUCCUUACAGCAAAAUUUCAAGAGCUUGUAGAGAAAGGAACCAAAUUAGUACUCGAACAGGUUGUUACUACUAUUGCAUCUGUCGCUGAUACUUGCGAGGAGCAAUUUGUUACUUAUUAUGACCGCCUAAUGCCUUGUCUCAAGUAUAUUAUACAGAAUGCAAAUCAGCAGGAACAUAAAAUGCUGCGUGGAAAGACUAUUGAGUGUGUUAGUUUAAUUGGAUUGGCUGUUGGUCCCGAAAAGUUUAUCACGGAUGCCAGUGAAGUUAUGGAUAUGUUGCUCAAAACUCAUACAGAAGGUGACCUGCCUGAUGAUGAUCCACAGACUAGUUACCUGAUUUCGGCCUGGGCUAGAAUUUGUAAAAUUUUGGGCAAACAAUUUGAACAAUAUUUGCCACUAGUAAUGGGUCCAGUGUUGCGCACAGCUGCCAUGAAGCCAGAAGUAGCGCUGCUGGACAACGAAGACAUGGAAGGCGUUGAGGGUGAUCUGGAUUGGCAAUUCGUGUCCCUCGGCGAGCAACAGAAUUUCGGCAUUAAAACAGCCGGACUGGAAGACAAAGCUUCAGCAUGUGAAAUGCUUGUAUGUUACGCACGAGAACUCAAGGAAGGUUUUGCGGAUUAUGCUGAGGAAGUCGUGCGACUCAUGGUACCAAUGCUCAAGUUUUAUUUCCACGAUGGUGUCAGAACAGCUGCAGCGGAGAGUCUUCCUUGUUUAUUGGACUGCGCAAAAAUCAAAGGACCGCAGUACCUGGAGGGCAUGUGGCUCUACAUUUGUCCAGAACUUCUCAAAGCCAUAGACACAGAACCGGAAUCGGAAGUGUUGCUGGAGUUGUUGUACUCGCUAGCGAAGUGCAUAGAAACCUUAGGCGCCGGUUGUCUAGGUGCACAGCCAAUGGCUGAGCUUCUUCGUAUCCUGGACAAACUUCUAAAUGAACACUUCGAGCGUGCCGUAGCGAGGUUGGAAAAGCGCAAGGAUGAGGAUUACGAUGAGGUUGUCGAAGAACAGUUGGCGGAAGAGGACAACGAGGACAUUUAUACCCUCACCAAGAUAGCUGACAUUCUUCACGCGCUUUUUAUCACACAUAAGUCUGCCUUCUUCCCAUUCUUCGAUCAGAUAUGCGGACAUUUUGUCAAGUUACUCGCACCGGAACGCUCAUGGUCAGAUCAUCAAUGGGCAUUGUGUGUAUUUGACGACGUUAUCGAAUACGGUGGUCCGGAAUGCGCUAAGUAUCAAGAGUUCUUCCUGAGGCCUAUGAUCCAAUACGUUUCUGACAAAUCCGCGGAAGUCAGACAAGCCGCGGCAUAUGGAUGCGGUGUUCUUGGACAAUUUGGAGGUGAAGCUUUCGCUCAAGCCUGCGCAGAAGCACUACCGCGACUCAUGGAAGUCAUUAAUGAUCCCGAGUCAAGAUCACCAGAGAAUGUGAAUCCCACAGAAAAUGCUAUUUCGGCUGUUACAAAAAUUCUCAAAUACAACAACAAAGCUAUCAACGUCGACGAGAUGCUUCCACACUGGUUGUCCUGGUUGCCAGUGGUAGAAGAUGAGGACGAGGCGCCUCACGUUUACGGUUAUUUGUGCGACCUAAUAGAGGCCAAUCAUCCCGCAGUUUUAGGACCGAAUAACGCGAAUUUACCACGACUUAUAAGCUUUUUUGCUGAAGCAUUUUUCAAGGACGCUGUCCCUGCAGAUAAUCCAGUUAUGAACAGAAUCCUAAGUAUCGUUAGGCAAAUACAGAGCAACGAGUCGAUAUUCCAAGUGUGUAUAAGUUCAUUAACAUCAGAUCAACAACAAGCAUUACACGAGGCUCUCAGCACUCAGCCAUCCAACUAGCCUCGACACGAAGAAUUUUAACAGCGUAAGAUCGAAAUGAUUUGGUGAUCCUAAAUUAAAGCCGGAAAGCCUCAAGUUUAAUGAGCAAAAACCGGAAACCGAGAGACCUCUUAGGUAGCUAGACAGAAAAAAGAAAUAGAACGAAAGGAAGGAAAAGAACCCAAAAAGGAUAAUAUCUACCGUAAUCGACACGAGCCAGCCAAGUAAGGCCAGCAGCAGAAUCAAUUGGAAAAAAAAUAUAUAUAUAUACGUAUAUAUAAAUAAUCGAACGCAAUUUCUUUGUUUGCCACUAACGUUAAGUGACUAUUUUUCGAUAAUGUUGCAAAGCUGCACGAUCACAUUUUUGAUUCGUUACGGAACAAUUUUUUUGUUGUAAAUUUUAUGGCCCGUCGCUCGUUUUUCAUCUUAAAAAAUAUUCUUUGACUUAUUUAUACGUACUGAACGUUGUUACCGAAGCCAGACUUUCUUACCGUCUUUCGAAAAAAAAAAUCAAGCAAACUGGAAAAUUGCUCACUCGAUAGCUCGCCAGAACAAUUAACUGGACUUUCAUUCGCGAAUUUUAAUAUUAGCGAGCACCAAGUGGGCCGAUUUAAUUGUCAUUAAGAAAAUCACGAGAACUCUCAUUAUUAUUAUUAUUAUUAUUAUUAUUAUUAUUAUAUUAUUAGUACUAGUACUACUAUUACUCUACUACCACGACCACCACCAACGAGAUCAUUUCCACGUAACGACGAAUCAGUAGGAAAAAAGCUAAAGCAAAUAGACUGGAAAAAGCCACCAGCUCAUUGCCAUCGGAUGGCGGCAUGACAUUGUGAUUUAGGUAUUUUAUUAUUAAAUUUAGGUACAAUAAAUGUUAUUUAAUGGUAAUAAUCGAUAAUAUUGCAGUGUUGAGAGCUAGACAGGAUUAUAAUUGCAUUGCCCUGAGGUAUUUUUGAAUAGCGCACUAGAGUUACGUGGGUAUUCAUUCUUUAUUUUUAUCUUUUUAUUUUAUAAACAAAACUAAUUCCCUCGCAACUCCAGUGCAAAAUUUGAACUUCUCCCCUCAAUGAGCACUGUGUAAUAAAAGAACUCAACGGACAGUCACGAUCAAGAUAAGACAAGGACAUUACACGAUAAUGUUUCUUUUAACUUUUUUUCUUAUUUUUGUUUUAAAUAAUUAAAAAAAAAGAAACAUCGGAACACGAAUGCACUGUUCUUCGUCAUUAUAUUUCUUAGUUCUUUAUCUAACAAUGAACCUGUUCUCGUUGCUAUUUAUUUAUAUAUGAUAAUUAAUUGUAACACAAUUUGCUACUACAUUAAGACUAUGAGAAAGAAAAAGCAUAAGACGAACGAAAAGGCGGAAGAGCAAACAUAAUAUGUAGCCUCGAAGAGAAUCAAUGAUUAUUUGUCUUACUAACUAAACAAAACAAGAAAGAAAUGAAUAAUGUGCCGUGCAUAAACCCACUGACGAUUUGUUGCCUGUUUGCCGUGAUGGGACUUUUUAUAUCCCUUAGCGAAAAAAAAGUGGCCAAUAUCGAUGUCAAGAAGAGAAGAGAGGACGAGGAGUAUUUUCUUUUGUAAAUAUAUAUGAGAAAGUAGGAAUGUUUUCGUGAAGCGCCGCACGCGACACUUGAAAAUUCGCGAGGGCGACAUUGUCGCCAAGAGCAUUUUUAAUCGUACCCAAAUAAUACAGACGAUGGAAAACACAUCGUAAUGACUUGUGCGAGUAAGAAAAAGAAAAACUACUUGAUGAUAUGAGAAUUACGAGAUAGGAAGCAUGAAAGAGGAAUAGCGAUAGAUCGACGAAUAAAAAUAUAAAUCUAAUAAUUAUAUAGAGAUUAUUUUAAAGUUAUUAUUGAUUAAAAUAAAUCUCAGCUUUGUAA